UGCCGGUCCUCAGGUCCCCACCUGAAGCUGAUUAUCAUCUCUGAGGUUUCGGCGAACGCAGGGCACCCACUCAAGGGCAGGUCCCGCAGUCCCCGUUCCAGGAGCUGGAAUGGGGCCAGCGCGGAGGCGGUGUCCCAGCGGAAACCUAACGGGGCCCGGGGCUCGGCUGGGCGCGGUGGGGACAGGUCUCCGGAGAGGAGGUAGCGCUGCGGUUCCGCUCGCGACCGGCGGCGGAGGAGACCGGACGUGGCGUGAGCCGGCCGCGGGGAGGAGAAAAGGCGCAGCCCCGAGCGGCAGGGGCCGGUCUGGCCGGAGGGGAUCGGGACGAGCCGGGCGCGGCGGUUCCCCGGAGGCCGCGGGAGAAGCGUUGCGCGGGCGGUGUGCGCCCGGCGCCGGAGGCCCGGAGCGAUGAGAGUGCUGGUCAAGUCCCAGAAAUCCUGGAUUGAAGGAGUGUUCAACAAGAGAGAAUGUAACAAAAUCAUACCUAGCUCAAAAGACCCUCACAGAUGUACUGCAGGAUGCCAGGUCUGCCAGAAUUUAAUCAGGUGUUACUGUGGGCGACUGAUUGGAGACCAUCAGGGGAUAGAUUAUUCCUGGGCCAUCUCAGCUGCCAACGGUAAUGAAAAUGAACAGUGGUCUGUUGAAAAGCAUACGACAAAAAGCCCUACAGACACAUUUGGCACUAUUAAUUUUCAAGAUGGAGAGCACACCCACCAUGCCAAGUAUAUUAGGACUUCUUAUGAUACAAAGUUGGAUCAUCUGUUACAUUUAAUGUUGAAAGAGUGGAAGAUGGAACUGCCAAAGCUGGUGAUCUCUGUCCAUGGGGGCAUCCAGAACUUCAAGAUGCCCUCCAAACUUAAAGAGAUCUUCAGCCAUGGUUUGGUCAAAGCCGCAGAGACAACAGGAGCGUGGAUAAUAACAGAAGGCAUUAAUACUGGUGUGUCCAAACAUGUUGGGGAUGCCCUGAAAGCCCAUUCCUUCCAGUCCUUGAGAAAAAUCUGGACAGUUGGAAUUCCUCCUUGGGGCGUCAUUGAGAACCAGAGAGACCUUAUUGGAAAAGAUGUAGUGUGCCUGUACCAGACGCUGGGCAACCCCCUCAGCAAGCUCACCACACUCAACAGCAUGCAUUCGCACUUCAUCUUGUCCGAUGACGGGACUGUGGGCAAGUAUGGAAAUGAGAUGAAGCUCAGGAGGAACCUGGAAAAGUACCUGUCUCUGCAGAAAAUACACAGUCGUUCAAGACAAGGUGUGCCCGUGGUGGGGCUGGUGGUGGAAGGAGGUCCCAACGUCAUCCUCGCCGUGUGGGAGACUGUGAGGGACAAAGAUCCCGUGGUGGUGUGUGACGGCACGGGCAGGGCCGCUGACCUCCUGGCCUUCACCCACAAACACCUAGCAGAUGAAGGGGCUCUGCGGCCUCAGGUGAAGGAGGAGAUCAUCUGCAUGAUUCAGAACACUUUCAACUUUAGUCAUAAACAGUCCAAGCACCUUUUUCAAAUUCUAAUGGAGUGUAUGGUGCACAGGGAUUCUAUUACCAUAUUUGAUGCUGAUUCUGAGGAGUCUCAAGACCUUGAUUUAGCAAUCCUAACAGCUCUGCUCAAGGGCACAAAUUUAACAGCAUCAGAACAACUAAAUCUGGCAAUGACUUGGGACAGAAUGGACAUAGCCAAGAAACACAUUCUGAUUUAUGGACAACAUUGGAAGGCUGGUGCACUGGAACAAGCAAUGUUAGAUGCCUUAGUGAUGGAUCGAGUGGAUUUUGUGAAGCUCUUAAUAGAAUAUGGAGUGAACCUCCAUCGCUUUCUUACCAUCCCCCGACUGGAGGAGCUCUAUAACACAAAACAAGGACCUACUAAUAUGCUCUUGCAUCAUCUUGUCCAAGAUGUAAAACAGCAUGCCCUUCUCUCAGGCUACAGAAUAACACUGAUUGACAUUGGAUUAGUAAUCGAGUACCUCAUCGGUGGAGCAUAUCGCAGCAGCUACACUAGAAAAAGUUUCAGAGCCCUCUACAACAACCUCUACAGAAAACACAAGCGAGUGACCAGUUUUGCUCAAAGCCUUUCCCAGCCCCCUCUUCACCGAAGACGCCCCUCAGGAAAUAGAAAAGAAUCUGCAGAAAGCACACUUCAUUCCCAGUUCAUUAGAACUGCCCAGCCUUACAAAUUCAAGGAAAAGUCUGUAGUCCUUCAUAAAUCAAGGAGGAAGUCAAAAGAAGAACAAAACGUAUCAGAUGACCCUGAGUCUACUGGCUUUAUUUACCCUUACAAUGACCUGCUGGUUUGGGCUGUGCUCAUGAAAAGACAGAAGAUGGCCAUGUUCUUCUGGCAGCAUGGAGAGGAGGCUACGGUCAAGGCAGUGAUUGCCUAUAAACUCUACCGAGCCAUGGCCCAUGAAGCUAAGGAGAGCAACAUGAUGGAUGAUGCCUCAGAAGAGCUGAAAAAUUACUCAAAACAGUUCGGCCAGCUCGCCCUGGAUGUGCUGGAGAAGGCCUUCAAGCAGAAUGAAAGAAUGGCCAUGAAAUUGUUGACCUAUGAACUCAAGAACUGGAGCAAUUCUACCUGUCUGAAGCUGGCCGCGUCUGGAAGAUUGCGGCCCUUCGUUUCGCAUACUUGCACCCAAAUGCUGCUGACAGACAUGUGGACUGGGCGCCUGAAAAUGAGGAAGAACUCUUGGUUAAAGAUCAUCAUAAGUAUUCUUUUUCCACCCACCAUUUUGUCGUUGGAAUUUAAAAGCAGAGCAGAGAUGUCGCAUGUUCCCCAGUCGCAGGACUUCCAGUUCGCGUGGUAUUACGGCGACCAGAACCCCGGCGCAAAAGAAAGCGCUUCUAUGAAAGACUAUGAUUUGGAAAGAGGCCCCGAUGAGAAACCAGAUGAAAAUCAGCACUUUGAUUUAAAGAGCGAUCCCCAAAGCCUUCCAUGGACCAGGAAGAUCUAUGAGUUCUACAGUGCUCCGAUUGUCAAGUUCUGGUUUUAUACGAUGGCAUAUUUGGCGUUCCUCAUGCUGUUCACUUACACUGUGUUGGUGGAAAUGCAGCCCCAGCCCACCGUGCAAGAGUGGCUUGUUAUCAUUUAUAUCUUCACCAAUGCCAUUGAGAAAGUCAGGGAGGUCUGUAUUUCAGAACCUGGGAAGUUUACUCAAAAGGUGAAGGUAUGGAUUGGUGAGUACUGGAACAUAAUAGAAACUGUGGCUAUUGGCCUAUUUUCAGUUGGUUUCGGCCUUCGGUGGGGUGACCCUCCUUUGCACACAGCUGGAAGACUCAUCUACUGCAUAGACAUCAUAUUCUGGUUCUCACGGCUCCUGGACUUCUUUGCUGUGAAUCAACAUGUAGGUCCAUAUGUGACCAUGAUUGCAAAAAUGACCGCAAACAUGUUCUACAUUGUGAUCCUGAUGGCCAUCGUCCUGCUGAGCUUCGGAGUGGCACGCAAGGCCAUCCUUUCACCAAAGCAGCUUCCGUCUUGGAGCCUUGCUCGAGACAUUGUGUUUGAGCCAUACUGGAUGAUUUAUGGAGAAGUCUAUGCUUCAGAUAUAGAUGUUUGUGCAAGCCAACCGUCUUGCCCUCCUGGUUCUUUUCUUACUCCGUUCCUCCAAGCUGUCUACCUCUUCGUGCAAUACAUCAUCAUGGUGAACCUGCUGAUUGCUUUUUUCAAUAACGUCUAUGUAGAUAUGAAAUCCAUUUCCAAUAAACUGUGGAAAUACAAUCGCUAUCGCUACAUCAUGACCUACCACCAGAAGCCGUGGUUGCCCCCCCCUUUCAUCCUGCUGAGCCACAUUGGUCUUCUUCUUCGCCGUCUUUGCCAUCAUCAAGCUCCAAAUGACCAAGAAGAGGGUGAUGUUGGAUUAAAACUCUACCUGAGUGAGGAGGAUCUGAAAAGACUUCAUGAUUUUGAGGAGCAGUGCGUGGGGAUAUACUUCCACGAGAAGAUGGAAAGUCUGAAUUAUAGCUGUGAGGAACGAAUCCGGGUGACCUCAGAAAGGGUUACAGAGAUGUACUUCCAAAUGAAAGAAAUGAAUGAAAAAGUGUCUUUUAUAAAGGACUCUUUACUGUCCUUGGACAGCCAAGUGGGACACCUGCAGGACCUCUCUGCCCUGGCAGUGGAUACCCUGAAAUUCCUUUCUGCUGUUGACACCUUACAAGAGGACGAGGCUCUCCUGGCCAGCAGCAAGCGGUCGACGUGCAGAAAACUGCCACACAGCUGGAGCAGCGUCAUCUGUGCCGGGGUUCCAGGCAGCACGGAGAUCUCUGCGGAGAAGAAAUACCAGUAUUAUAGCAUGCCUCCCUCUUUGCUGCGGAGCCUGGCCAGAAGCCAGCACACCCCGACAGUGCAGAAGGGGCCCCUGCUCGAGAUCACAGACAGUCAGAGAGAGGCUUCGAAUGUAAGAGAUGAGCAGGAAAAGCAUGAAACAGGAACCGCUUUCAUGACUUCUGGGGUGUCCCUUGACGGGCAAGCACAGCCAAAGCACAGCCAGUUUCUCCUGGUCCCUUCUUACCUCAGGCAAGUUCCUUUUCCUGCACAAACGGACUUGCCUCCGUUCAGACCAUCCGUGGAAGCUGGUGCAGACGUGCUGGCGACCAAACAGGUGGCCCAGAGCGAGGUCCCUGUUUGUCUGACUUGGCCGAGCCCAGGCGUCUCAGCUCAGGACUCUGUGCCCAAACCCGAGGCACAGCACGGAUCAUUCACUCGGAGGCCAGCCAGACAAGACAAGGGGGAGCAAGUUCUGCCCACUUUGAUGUGCACGUCUCCGCCAAUGAAAGUGACCUCCCUCCCUUCCCAAGGCGACAGCGUGGGAACUGCAGGUGGAUACGUGAACUGGGCGUUUUCCGAAGGUGAUGAAACUGGCGUGUUUAGCGUCAGGAAGAAAUGGCAGACCUGCCUGGCCUCCACUUGUAACAGCGACUCUACAGAGAAUGGCCAAGGCCAGAGGCAGAUCCGAGCUAGAUCCCUCUCUCAGCAUGCAUCAAACUUGGCCCACAGUAGUGACUGCUCAGCCGCGGGACGGUGGCCGCAGCCAAACACGUCCUUUUGGAUCAGUCCUUUCCGCAGACAUAGGCCCUUCACGCGGAGUCAUAGUUGGAGAUUCCACAAGGAGGAGAAACUGAAGAUCUCUAAGAUUAAAAAUCUUUCAAGAUCCUCAGAGAUGGGGCAGUCAGCAUGGAUCAAAACAAAAAUGCUGAUCAGGGAUAAGAGGUCGUCAAAGAAAAAGAAGAAAACACAAGGGCUGCAGGUGCCAGUCAUAAAGGUCGACACCUGCUCUCAAAAUGACAAGCUGGAUUCAGAGCCAAGAGAAAGGAACCUCUCAGAAGAAGAGACCUGCAGCAAGAACUGGCUCACAGUAUCCCAGUUUAGUCAGAUAAGUCUAGAACCCUCUAUAUUUCAGAAAAUGAAAACGAAAGAAAUGGAACAGCAUGCUCUCCAAGUCAGUGAUUAUCUAAAGCAGUCGCAAGAGGAUCCGAGCAGAAACUCUUCGUGGAGCUCCAGGAGCACCGCCCUCAAUAGGAACUCCCCGUUGAGAAGUUCAAAUGGAGUUGACAAAAUCUCAGCCUCCUUAAAAAGCCCUCCAGAGCCUCGCCAUCAUUAUUCAGCCAUUGAAAGGAACAAUUUAAUGAGGCUUUCUCAGACUAUACCAUUUACACCAAUCCAACUAUUUGCAGGAGAAGAAGUGACUGUCUACAGGCUGGAGGAGAGUUCCCCUCUGGCCCUGGACAGGAGCAUGUCUUCUUGGUCCCAGCGCGGGAGAGCGGCCAUGAUCCAGGUGCUGUCCCGAGAGGAAAUGGAUGGCGGGCUCCGGAAAGCCAUGAGAGUCAUCAGCACCUGGUCUGAGGAUGACGUUCUCAAACCAGGGCAUGUUUUCAUUGUGAAGUCCUUUCUUCCCGAGGUUGUGAAGUCAUGGCACAAAAUCUUCCGCGAGAGUACGGUGCUUCACCUUUGCCUCAGGGAAAUUCAGCAACAAAGAGCUGCUCAAAAACUGAUCUAUACCUUCAACCAAGUGAAACCACAAACCAUUCCCUACACACCACGGUUCCUGGAAGUUUUCUUAAUCUACUGCCAUUCAGCCAACCAAUGGUUGACCAUUGAGAAGUACAUGACAGGAGAGUUCCGAAAGUACAACAAUAACAAUGGUGAUGAAAUUUCCCCCAGCAACACCUUGGAGGAGCUGAUGUUGGCUUUUUCUCACUGGACCUAUGAGUAUACCCGGGGAGAGCUGCUGGUUUUAGAUUUGCAAGGUGUUGGAGAGAAUUUGACUGAUCCAUCUGUUAUAAAACCUGAAGACAAACAAUCAAGAGGAAUGGUGUUUGGACCAGCCAAUUUAGGGGAAGAUGCAAUUAGAAACUUCAUUGCAAAACAUCGUUGCAACUCCUGCUGCCGGAAGCUCAAACUCCCGGAUUUAAAAAGAAAUGACUAUUCCCCUGGAAGGAUAAAUUCCACUUUUGGACUGGAUGUCAAAAUAGAACCAGCGGAGGGGCCUCCAGCACGGGAAAGGGGGCGUCAUUCUCCAGAAGACCUCACCCGCCUGUAAAAAGGGAAGGAGAGGAGAUACCAGCCGUUGGCCUCCUUUCUGUGAACUCUGCUAACAGAGACUGAGUGGAGCAGUCGGCGGCACCGCAGUGUGCGUGGGACAGACAGCCUUACCCCGAGGGCCUCCCUGAGACACGCCCUCGGAGCCUGGCAGCUCGCCCUGCCUAAGGACCUCACAGGGGUUUGACACACGGAUUCUCCCUGACACUGACCUGUGUGCACUGUGUGCACCUGACACUGACCUGGGUGCUUGGUGUGCUCGUCCCCCUGUCCACUGUGGCUGGGUAGGAAGACCCUCAGAGGAGCCAGCUGGGAACACUGCUCCCUCAUACCUCAUUGCCUUGGGUGGUUUCUUAGAGCCCUUGGAGCAGGGUGGUGGGCCCUGUAGAACCGGGAAGAUGAAUUUAAGUUAUUUUCUCACUGUGUGCACGGACUCGAGCCCCCACUGCUGUUCAUUACCUCACCCCCAUAUUGUUUAUGGACGUACGAGUAUAGACAUUCGCCUUCCGACUCUCCCCUUCCUCCUUCCCAGCGGCACAAGGCUUUGAAUAGCAGCAACAGGGGAAACAGUGGGCUGGGGUGUCUUUGCUCAGAUUGGAGCACCGUCCCGCAUGGGCUCAGCAGUGAGAAAGUUAGCAUCCUGGUGAAAUCCAGAUGGAGUUGAGGUUUUGUCAGCCAUCACAUGAUGCCUGGACAUUUCGGGUUUCUCCGAAAGAAAGGAAAAGGGAAAUCUAAAACAAAUGCUCCUGCUUCCUUUUUGUGUUUUGUUUUGUUUUGUUUUGUUUUUCCUUAAAGGGGAACCGGGGAUAUGUAGAACUAGGAAUUGCCAUGAAAUAUUUUCCCUUUCCUUAAGCUCAGGGUUACUAUCAACUAGAGUUGACUAAGCCAACCUCUAAAACAGGACUCCCCUUUUCAAAGUUGUGCAUAUAAUACAACAGGCCAAGUUACUCUUUCAGGUUCUCUGGGGAAAGAUGGAGUUCCUGACUGAAAAUGUGCUUGAAGGUGUUUUCUUCAUUCUACGGCAGUGUGCCGGUGGCUUGAAGGCGGAAUGCCCCAGUAAGAUUUGAAGUAUGGCCUGAGAACAUGUAAUCAGGUUCCGAGGCCCAAAGGAGGGUCACCUCACCACCCAGAACCUUUGGGGGAUCAGCCAUCUCUCUUUGGCACUGGUCAGAGUCACCCCACCUCAGAAUAAGCAUGAACUUUUCACACAAGGAGGGAAUGGAAGGCUUGAAAAAUGUCAACCCUCUUUAUCUAGAGCUCUUCCGUGAGCUGGUUUGAUAUAUUCACCGACAUAACUGCAUUUCUAGAUGAUUCUUUGGGGGAAGUGUGGCCCAGGCAUGUAGGGCUGGAGAGCCACAGAUUUCAUUUGCCCAGGAUUGUGUCUGGUUCUUGUGUGCAUUGCAAAGGACACAUUUCUACCCCUUGUACUUUGGUCUUGGGGGGUGGCAGUGGACAGGAAAUUUGGGUGAUUUCUUGAUUGGCAAUGGGGAUCACAUGUUAAUGUGUUUUUCAGGGCUUAACAGCUUUAUCUGUUCUGCAAAUCAAUAAGGGGUCUCUUGGUACUUCAGUGCUGUGCUUAACUGUGGAAAAGAGGCAGUUUUAUUGUCCAAGAGCCAAACUAAAGGCGUUAAUUGAGGGGGCAAAUAUUUGUUACUUGGCAUGGAACUUGAGAACAAAUGCGUUUUGAUUUCAAAUGUCUGUGUUGUGCUUUUCUUUCUUUCUUUCUCUCUCUCGCUCUCUCUCUCUCUCUCUCUCCCUUCCUUCCUUCCUUCCUUCCUUUCUUCCUUUCUCUUGUUUUCUUUUCCUUCUUUUCUUUCAGAAAAAUCACCAGAAUAUUAUGUUAAAAAGAUGAAGUGCUGGGCAAAGUUCCCUAUGGGAUUGCUUGUGUGCAAAUGCCGAUGUGACGGUCAUGACUUUUGAGUGAUUCAUGACCACAGACGGGUGGGUAUUCAUUCAUUCAUUUGGUCAGUUUUAGUCAACAGAUUUUUUACCAAAGUGCCUUCUCUGUACUGUGUGAGUGAUGAGGACGCAAUGAACAAAGCAUUUCCUUGCCCUUAAAAAACCUUUCUGUCUGGUGUUUCUGUUCCCCCCAGCCCUUUGGUACCAACUGUAGAUUUGUGGUUAAUAUUAAAAAAACUGUCUUCUGGGAGAACAUUGGAUCCAGUGAUAUGCCCCAUGCUUCAUCUGCUAGUGGGUAGUAGGGUCUGACUGGGAUAAGAGAAUUAGGGUAAAUAAGAAGACCCAGCUAAGGAUGGUUUUAGGAACCACUGAGGAAGAAUAAACUGUAGAGUCCUUGCAUGAGCACAAAACCCAUCUCCCAGAUGCGAUGGGACUUGGGAGUUUGGAGAAGCAGCUGGGUUCACAGGAGACCCCGCUGAGGGCAUCCUGUCUACACAUAGUCCUCUCAGAGAGGCUGUGUGUUCCUGCAACGACUUCUGCCUCGGGACACUGGAAAGUCUCUGACAGCUCUAGGGAAUGAGCUCAGAUAUGGUCUUGGGUCUUUCUCACCCUGUUCCUAUUUUCUGUGGCUUUGCAAACCAAGUUCUCGGUGAUAAAGUCUUCCCAAACGACCAUUUACUGAAUGUUUAAAAAAUAAUUUUAUUUUCUUGGUGGUGGUUAUUUGUUAACUAUUUUGGAUGGGACUACCGAGGUUCUAGAAGUCAUGACACAGCUGCCCCUGUCAUAGUGAGUUGUCUUUCUCCUCUAGUCACCAGCGUCUGGCACAAGACACGGCACACCAUAAGCUUCCAAUGUUAUUUGUUGGAAGAAAUAAUAAAACCUUCAAAUGGUAAUGGAUUUCAUUCACUAGGUAAUAAAUCAGAUUUGCAUAUUUAAUCUAGAAGGGAAUGAUUACCAAUUCCUUAAGACCCCACACAAUUCUUUUGAUCUCUCUCUGUUUUAAUUUUCCAGGAAAUAGCUUUUAACAACCUACACCUUGUCUAUUGAAUUCUCAACCAGUUCUUGCCCUUAUCAUUGUUGUGAUACCAGAAUACGGUCCUUCUUACUGGCGACUGUUGAAAUGAGAUGAUAACUUCCCAGAAACUGCCUAGAAAUAAUCAUCACUUUAUUACCCUUUGAAAAGAAGAUUGAUAGAAAAGUCAUUUGAAAGAUGGUUCAUUACCAUGCCCUAGUCUGAUUUCUUUACUCACAUCUCUCCAAAGCAUGAGAAAGGGAGGAUUAGUCUCUGAGGUCGGAAUUUGAAGGCUGUGUGUUUGCCUCUUUGAAGUCUUGGUAUUUAAUUUUCUGUAGUCAUUUCUUGGGCAAUUUUCUAAGAAACUAGUUGAAGCUAAUUUAUCAUAAGUUAAAGUCAAAUGACAGAAAAGAUUUUUUUUUCCCCUUAACAGUCUUUUAUUCCACAGAGGUUAGCUUCUGAAGGAAAAUGAGACUUAAAAUAGCAUUUCAAAUCUCGAGGCACAUGGGUGGGUCCGUAGAAUGGAAAGCGUUCUGGAAACCACACU